CGCGUCUGAUGCUGUUAAAAGAUAAAGACUCGGAGGGAACAGAGGAAGUUCUGAGCCCCUCAACAAAGGAUUCAAAGUUAAAGAAGGUCAAAUCAAAGCAAGAAAAAGGAAACAAGAAGUUGUUUCGGUCUCAGGACGAUGAACACAUCUUGCUGACAGGAGUCACUGUCUCUCACAGAAGAGGGUCUGCUAAGAAAAACUGGGAGGACGACAAGAGUAAAGACAAAGCGCACUGUCUAUGGGACAGCAUCACCAUGACGAUGAAGCAAAUCACACCUACGAGGAAGAUUGACAAGAUUGAGGGCUGGGAGCCGCCUCAGCUGAACGACGGGGCGGAGGAGGAAAAAAAUGAGUCGGAGAAGAAGAGGAGUGACUCGUCCAUGCUGUCACUGUCUCUGCCGCAUUCUCUGGGUUUGCCGUCCUGGGUUGGCUUGGGUUCGGAGGAGGACUCGUCUCGUUAUGCUAGUCUGACUGAAUCACAGACGGGCGGCCCUGCCCAGUGGGCGGCUCGGGCGCGAGAUAAAUUAGCCGCCGUUCGUCGCCGAAGUCCAGCCGGCCUAUCAGAGAGUAACUGGGAGGGGUUAAAAUGAUUUCCAUAUCAAUGUCUAUAAGGAUGGCCACACCCCCUUGUAUGCCAACUCUAAUUGGACAGCCCACUGAUGUAAAGAUGUGAAGAGUAGGACCCUCAGACCAAGAGUGCCUUCUUCCAAUGCCUGUCAACGAUUUAUUGUCACUUUUCCAUUUGAUAUAAAAUGAGCUUCCAACUUUUGAAUGAAGCCUCCUCGUUGAACUCAUAAUAGUUGGUGUCUGACAUCACUGACCAAUCACCAUGGCGUUUUGUAAAUUACUUUUAAAAUCUAAAUGACAUUUAAACCCUCAAAGAGCGAGUUCAUCCAAAAAUGAAAAUAUUGUCAUCAUUUAUUCACCUAUCAUUCCAAACCUGUUUGUUUUUCUUUCUUUCUUCUGUGGAGCACAAAAGAUUUAGAUUAGCGGAAUAUCCCAAGAACCAUAGACCUAGUCAGGUUAGAACCAUAAACCUCAGUCAGACGCCAUGUUAAAUUUAACGCAGAUGAUAAUGAGGCUUGCCAUCUUUUCAAUGGUACGUACUGUAUACAGGUCCUAGAUCACAUCAUUUUCACAACUUUCAAAACUGCUUUAUUAAGUUUUUGUCUACUGAAAGACCUUUCGUCAGCUUAACAACCAGCAUGUUUUUAAACCGAAUGCACUGUACUUCUAUCCCUCACAACCUUGUUUUCACCCCUGUCCAAAAAUAUGGCGUUACCCUGACCAAGUCUGUCUAUACAAUAGAUAAUAGACAAUAAAGUAUCAUAAAUAUUGUCCAAAUGACUUUAUUAUGAGUGUUUUUAUUUUUCGAUAAAGUUAUGUGAGAAACAGCCUAAGAAUAAGUCGUUGUUUACAGCAACAAGUCUCCAUUCAUCUUUCUCCAGUCAUUUUAUGAACAGUCAGUCAGUCAGUCAUUCUGCUAAACUUCUCUUUUUCACAGAAUAAAAUCAAACUGGUUUGGGAUGGCAUAACGGUGAAUAAAUGAUGACGUAAUAUCCAUUUCGUAGGUAAACUCCGUCUCUUUAAAUCUACAUUUUAUCAGCGCCGAUUAGUCUGAGUGAGACUCUCAGCAGCCAUAAUCAUUCCUGACGAGAGAUCGGUGCUUUGUAUGUAAUGCUUGAAUCUUCUAUUCAGCUGUGGUUAAUUCACUAUAGAUCAAGAGUCAAUGUGAAUUGAUGUAGAAACGCCUUCCACUGAUCAGUGUAGAUUUACAGUCACUACUGCCUGCUGAUUCACAAUCAUAAUGUACUGUAAUUACUCUAUGCAAUCCUUUCCUUGCUGUAAUCCCAAACUACUUGCUAUAUUGAUCAUGCUAGCAAUAUAUUCAGUGCCACUUUUCAGUCAAGACAAUACCAAUACAAUAAGACAUUUUCCCCAAAAGUUUUAAUUAUUUUAGGUAACGUUGUUUCUUGCAAAUGCUUGAUAGUACCAAACACAUCCUACACAGCCAUUUCAAUGACAUUUAAAUUAUUGGAAUAGUAAAGGAAUAUUACAAAGUUCAGAGAAAGGAUAUAAAAUACAUUUGUUCAUAAAUAGCAAGGCUUACAUUAGAUUUUCCAUCUGCCCUCGCGGCAGAUUUGACAAAAAUGUAUCGUAAAAAGUUUUGUGCAACAAAUGUACACUUUAGUGUUGACACAUCAAAUAUAUAUGCACAGCAUGACAAAACAACACGAGAGCUCACGUAAACAUUAUCUAAGACUACUUCUGACGUGCAUUUCAUUGGUAUAGAAAUGAAAAUACAUACAUGAAAAGACAAUAUAAUCUCUGCUUAGGAUCUCUUUUCACUUCAGUUUAUCUUUCCCAAAAUCAAGUUCGUUUUCUUUUUUUUCCCAUUUUUUAACAAAAAAUCCUUCACAAAUCCUGACUCUUUUUGCAGUUCAUCUCCCAUCUUUCUGUGCUUAAAGAACAGAGAUCGGAAG